AUUGGGGGGUUCCAUCCUGAUGUGAUCUACAUGCAUCCUCCAUGAUUCCCUGUUUUUACUCUUUGCCUUUUUCAUUUUCUUCAGAUUUUCAUUCUUUCCAUUUUCUAGAUGCUUACACUAUCCUUGUUUUUUUUCCAAGUUGCCCAAUUCUUUUUUUUUUUUUUUUUUUGAUUAUUCCUUUCCUUUACCUCUCUUUGCAUGCCUAUAAAUUGCAAAAGCUAUUCAACUUCAUAUUUCACACAAAAGAGUGAGAGUUUUAAAGAAGUCUAGCUAAUUCUAAUUAAGAGCGAGGUAAAAAAAUGGAGUGCUUUCCAGUUGUUGACCUGUCAAAGCUUAAUGGUGAAGAGAAAAAACCGACCAUGGAGCUCAUCAAAGAUGCUUGUGAGAAUUGGGGCUUCUUUGAGUUGGUGAACCAUGGGAUAUCCCAUGAGUUGCUAGAUAUUGUGGAGAGAUUGACAAAGGAACACUACAAGAAGUUUAUGGAGCAAAGGUUCAAGGAAAUGGUGGCAAGCAAGGGUCUUGAGGCUGUCCAAUCUGAAAUCAAUGAUUUGGACUGGGAAAGCACCUUUUUCUUGCGCCACCUUCCUAUCUCAAACAUGGCAGAAAUCCCUGAUCUUGAUGAAGAAUACAGAAACACAAUGAAGGAGUUUGCAAAGGAACUGGAGAAACUAGCAGAGAAACUACUGGAUUUGCUGUGUGAGAAUCUUGGGCUGGAGCAGGGAUACCUGAAAAAGGCAUUCUAUGGAUCAAAAGGACCGACCUUUGGCACAAAAGUAAGCAACUACCCUCCGUGUCCAAAGCCAGACCUAAUCAAAGGGCUGAGGGCCCAUACAGAUGCAGGUGGCAUCAUUUUACUGUUUCAAGAUGAUAAGGUGAGUGGCCUCCAGUUGCUUAAGGAUGGCCAAUGGGUGGAUGUGCCCCCUAUGAAACACUCCAUUGUCAUCAACUUAGGUGACCAACUUGAGGUAAUUAGCAAUGGAAAAUACAAGAGUGUGAUGCACCGGGUGAUUGCUCAAACGGAUGGAACCAGGAUGUCAAUAGCUUCAUUUUACAACCCGGGAAGUGAUGCGGUGAUAUGCCCGGCUCCAGCAUUGGUAGAGGAAGAGGCAGAGAAAAGGCAGGUCUAUCCAAAAUUUGUGUUCGAAGACUACAUGAAGCUGUAUGUAGGUCUCAAGUUCGAAGGCAAGGAGCCAAGGUUUGAAGCCAUGAAGGCCGUCGAGAACAUGGAUCCAAUUGCAAGUGCUUAAUCAUGAGAUAUGAAAAGUGAAUAAUAAUACAAUUAGCCCAUGUUUUAGUUAGCUAGAAGAAAAGCUUGGGAACUUCUACAUUAAUAUUAUUAUUGUAUUUGUAUGGUAUGGUGUGGCUGCUUUUUAGAGUAAAAAAGUCUUGUGUUGUAGAACACAAAAAAGUGAACCGUGGGUAAUUUCUGUCAUAUUCGUAUUGCUGAAUUAAUUAAUUUAUGUAUGAAUAAGCCCAUAAAAUUGUUAGGUUUC